AUGUCGUUGCCCUUCGUCACCACCACCACAUCGCCGGAACGCUUCCUCGCCGGAUCUACUCCCCACCGCGUGUCGUCCCCGUCCCCCUCCUCGACAACCGCUACACUGACCCUACGGCCCGCGGUGAGGCUCCGGCCUUAUCUCCUCCCUCUCCCCCAUCGACAAUCGCAGAUGCCGCCGCCCACUGCUCCGCCCACACCCGCAGCCACGGCGCCCGUUCCGUCCAUCUCCGCCGCCUGCCGCUCGCUCAUUGGCGACGACCUGCGCCCCGCCUCACGUCCACGCGGCACGACCGCGACGCACCAGGCCUCACCCGCUGCAGCCCCUCUCCGGCACCCCGCAGCCGCCUGCACGCCGCCGCGUCGAUCGCUACCCAGCGACGCGCCCGUCAUGUACAUCGCCGCCGUUUCUCCCUGCUGCCCCUUGCCCGACGCACCUCCCCGCAACCGCUUCUCCACCGGCCACGGCCAGCGUGCCGCCCCUCCUCCCCUCGCCCCGCUUCAAUCCCUCAGCUCCGCCCCGCCUCUGCAAUGA